UAUUAUCGUAUCGUAUGCGUGCAGUCAAUUUUUCUUCUGCAGAUUUUUUGUCGCUUGUUGGAGAAAAACCUUUAAAUGUAUGUUAGUAGCAUUUAGCGUGAAAAAUUAAAUUAAUAUUUAAUAAAUGCAAGUUUAUUGAUUUUAAAUAUUUAAUUGUGUUUAACGCAUACUAUUGACGUCAGUGCAAUAAUAAAAUAAAUAAAAUAUUCGGAAUAUCCCUUACCCUACCGGCACCGGUUGGGAGUUCGUGUUUUGUUGAUACUAAAUAUGGCAAAUAAUAAUUACACUGGUUUUGGUUAUGGUGGAACGCAGUACAAUGCGGGACAGGUAACCUAUCCUGCAGUUACCAAUGCUACGUACGCUAAUGCGGCUGCUUAUCAAUCUGCUGUUGCUGCUGGACAAGGAGGGUAUGCAGCGGCCGGUGCUUCGGGUGCUAGUGGAUAUGGUUACGCUGAAUACAAUCGAACAAUGCAAUCAUAUGAUACUAGCAAAACAUUUUAUCAACAAGCACCGUCCAGCUACGCCACUGCUCCAGCAGUAACAGUGAGUAAAACGCAUUAUUCAGCACCGCCUGUGAAAAAUAUAAAUGCAGGAGUAAAAUCAGCAACCAAGGACAAAAAUAGUUCCAAACAACAAUCAGCAACACCAAUUGUUGCUACAACCGCCGCGGCAACUGCAUAUCCCGGUUAUGAUGCCACUUUGUAUAGUGCAGCGUCCAUGUAUGUUGCACAAGGUACAGCAGUUAAACCAAAUGUUGCUGCUGCUGGUUGGCCGCAAUAUCGCAAUGGCAAAGGAGGAGCAGCACGUGGUCGUGCUAAACCACCUCCGCGUCCACAACAGUUACACUAUUGUGAAGUAUGCAAAAUUUCUUGUGCUGGCCCACAAACUUAUCGCGAACAUUUGGAAGGUCAAAAGCAUAAGAAACGUGAAGCAUCAUUAAAAAUGCAAGCUAGCGCGCAGACAACAGUUCAAAAUCGUGGUAAUAAUUAUCAUUGCGAAUUAUGUGAUGUUACCUGUACUGGUACUGACGCUUAUGCUGCUCAUGUACGUGGUGCUAAACACCAAAAAGUUGUAAAAUUGCACCAGAAACUCGGAAAGCCUAUACCUUCUGAUGAACCCAAAAAAAUGACUAAAAUUAAUUUCGUACCAGCGGCUGGCGGUGCAGCUGAAGGUGCUGAAGGUGAAAGUAAUAAAGCUGAAAGUUUAAAUGAAGCAGAAACUGAAGAUAAUCAAGAAAAUGCUGAUAGCAUUGGUGAAAACACUGACAACAUAAAGCCUGUUGGUGGUGAAUAUAUUGAAGAAAUUAAAGAUGAGGAGGGUAAAAUACUUAGCUUCAAUUGUAAAUUAUGUGAUUGUAAGUUUAAUGAUCCGAACGCCAAAGAGAUGCAUAUGAAAGGCAGACGACAUCGUUUGCAAUAUAAACGAAAAGUGCAACCAGAUUUGGUUGUUGACUUUAAACCCACACCGCGCCAGAGGCGUUUAGCUGAAGCUCGCGCUCAACGAGCACUAAUGCACUCUCACCGUAGUGGAAAUGGUGGAUUUAAUGAUGAACAUGAAGGCGGUGGCAUGUAUUGGGGUGACGAACAAAGGCGUAGAUCUCAGUAUGAUGAUGAAUACGAUUAUUCUAAUUGGUUGGCACGUAGUUUUGCAGGAUCUCAACGCGGUUUCGGUGGUCGCAUGGGUAAUGGACCACCACCAUUCUAUGGAAUGAUACCAGGUGGAGCUAAUGUACGCCGUCCUGAAAGUACUGAUGACCGUCAUGCAAUUGCACGACAUGCUGAAAUUUAUCCUAAAGAAGAAGAACUGCAAACAAUUCAACGUAUUGUUUCACAUACUGAAAGAGCAUUAAAGUUUGUAUCAGAUUCCUUGGCAGAAAACCCAGAUGAAAAUGGUAUUAGUGCCAAGAAAGAAAAGUAUGAUAAUACUCAAAUGAAGGAUGGUCGCGACAAUCAAAUGUUAUCAUUUCAAAAGGAAGCAGACUCUGGAAAUAUUCGUAUUUUAAAAGGAGUUAUGCGUGUUGGGUGCCUAGCUAAAGGAUUAUUACUACAAGGUGAUAAUAUCGUUGAGUUAGUGGUUUUAUGUUCAGAUAAACCAACUAUUGGCCUAUUGAAGCGUGUUGCUGCUGAACUACCAGCGAAACUUAAAGAAGUUGCAGCUCUUUUUCACAGGAUAUCCGUAUGUGGUUAAAUUCUAGCGAUCUGUGUACGUAUUUCUUCAUAAUAUCUCUUGCUUCUGUAGUUUAUUGCUGUUUUGUUGCUGGACUGGAAAUAAUGGUAAAAUGUAAACCGACUUUAAGCGAGCGGACAGUACC